GCAUAUAUGAAGGUCGAAGCGUUAACAUUUUUUCUUUUCGGAGCUUAGAACAUAUGUAAUAUAUAUGUUGUAAGUUCCGGAGUAACAAAAAGUGCGUUUCUUGUGUUUUUUUUUUGUAGUUAUGCCUUCGUUGCACUUUUUACACUCAAGACGAGACAUAACGCUGGACAGAAAGAAAGAUAAAAGCACAAAGUUUGUAACUACAAAGUACAAAGUUUAACUGCAAAAAUUUCAGGAGGAGUGAAGGAGGAAUCGUUCCUAUCGUUAUAUCUCGCUGCCGCUUAAGUGGCAGAGAUAAGAUUGCGUAUUUGCGAAAUAUGCAUACAUUGUAUAAAUACUCCGAUAUGUGCUAACCUCUCAAAUUAAAUGCUGAAUAUGCACGAACGUAGCUGGCGGUAAUAAUACCUACAUUUCAAAUAAAUAAUUAAUGUUCGACGGUUAACAUACAUAUUGAAAAGCGACCACGUUCUUCGGCUGGGUCGACCAAAGGUUCGGUGUCUGGCUUGAAUUUGUUGCAAAUCAUUCGAGCGUGAGCCGUGAGGCCGUGAGGUAGCGUUCGACAAAUUUCCACAUACGAGUUACGACAUGGCAGGAGCGAAAUCCAAAAAACAGGGCACUCUCUCGAAGCUGUAUCUGGCGUCGUAUAAUCUCGCCCAGGUCUUCGGAUGGGGUUACAUACUGUAUCAGAUUAUACAACAUUACACCACUUCCUCCGGUAGUACCUUAUGGGACAAGACCGAGCUACCUGUAAUUAUUUUUCAGGAUGCAGCUAUAUUGGAGAUAGUACACGCAGCAAUCGGGCUGGUACCAUCCAGCGUUGCAAUCACAGUGUCCCAAGUCUUCAGUCGCAUCUUAAUUGUAAACUUAGUUAUCCUGGCUACUCCUUACACAUACGCUGCCGCAUCUCCAGGUCUUCCGAUGGCUCUGAUCGCGUGGUCCAUUACAGAAAUCAUUAGAUACUCCUAUUACUUCAUAAAUCUCGUCUUGGGAAUUGUGCCAUAUCCACUGGUCUGGCUGAGAUACACCACGUUCAUCGUACUGUAUCCGUUGGGCGUGACCGGCGAAUUAUUGUGUCUCUAUGCCGCUACGAAUUACGCCAGCGCUAAUCCUGACUCUUGGAGUUACGUCCUGCCAAACAAAUGGAACUUCACGUUUAGCUACCUGUAUUUCCUGAUAUUUGCCAUGCUAGCUUAUAUUCCAGGUUUUCCACCGCUUUAUUUGCACAUGUUCGCGCAAAGGCGGAAAAUACUCACUCCCAGUGCUACUACGAAGAAAACACAUUAGUUUAUAAAUAUGUAUAAUAAAUAUUUUAUCAUACAUUUCCAUGACGUUUAUAAGUACAAAAAACAGAACAAGGGAUUUAUACGUUAUUUAUAAAUGGAUAUUAUAUAUGCAUAUAAAUGGGGUAAAAUAUUAAAUAUAGAAAUAUUUGA